UGAGAAACAUCUACUGGUUGCCUUCGUACAAGCCCUGGCAGGGAAUUGAACAGGCAACCUUUCGGUGUGCAGGAUGGCACUCGACCAACGGAGCCACACGGGCCAGGCACCAGCUUAGGUCUUUUAAAUGUUUAGCUCCAGUCAUGGUCAGAGAACCAGUGUGCUUUCGUGACUGCCCUGAAGGAAUCUCAUAUUUACAGUCGGAGGGGCUAAGGUCACUGAAAAUCGAACAGCAUUUAAUCAUGUGACUGCAGAAUUACCACGUCAACUAAAUUCACAGCCUCAUCAGGUCUUUCUGUGAAAGGGCAUUUGGUGGAGAAGGAAACUAUUAAUGAGGAAAUCUGGACUCAGAUGAAGCUCAAAACCUCAAUUUCCAGUCAAAGCUCAAAACCUCAAUUUCCAGUCACUCAGCCUCCCUGUCCUGAGGAAACUGUCCUAUUCUGUUUGAAAACACUGUGAUAACAAGACCUGGGCCAGUUUCCAUUCUUGACUCAUCCAACUGACCCACUUUUUACCAGUGACCCAUCACUAGGAUCUCAUCACUUAGCAGAGAAAGCACAAACUGACUAGAAAUAGCUUAUGCACCAAAAGAACUACAACAUUUUGCUAAUAAAUACAGGCAGAGCCUGGGGAAUAUGUGUGGAAGUGGGUCUAAUAAUGAGAUGAAGGAAAGACUGGAGCACUAGUUUGGGCCAAAUUUACUGAUCUGGGUGCACUUGUAUAUUCUGAGUUUGAUGUGUUAGCACAUACAACAGGACAUGGCUCUCUACUUGGUUCAUUAAUGAAAGCAAACUCAAUGGUUACCUCCAUUUAAUGAAGUUGAAAUGUCCAAGCUUCCCUGGAAUUAUGUGAAGAGAACCCAAAGACUUAGGGGAGAUAGGAUUGUUGGGGUACACAUCUCAUGUGACCUGCAUACCACCCCUUACCUUCUCCAGCUACCUCCCUUGAGAGGCCAGCUAAAAAUAAUAAGUAUUUAACAUACCUCACAAUUUCUGAGGGUCAGGGCGGGCUCAGUAGGCUGGUGCUGGCUUGGGGUCUCUCAAGAGGCUGCAAUCAAGACAUUGGAGCCCUGACUGGUUUGGCUCAGUGGAUAGAGUGUCAGCCUGCAGUCUGAAAGGUCCCAGGUUUGAUUCCGGUCAAGGGCAUGUACCUUGGUUGCGGGCACAUCCCCAGUGGGGAGCGUGCAGGUGGCAGCUGAUCAAUGUUCCUCUCAUCUAUGUUUCAAACAUUCUGUUCCUCUCCCUUUCCCUUCCUCUCUAUAAAAAAUCAAUAAAAUAUAUAUUUUUUAAAAGACAUUGGAUAAUGCUGAGACUGCAUUAUCUGAUGGCUUGCCUGGGGCUGAAGGAUCUGUUUCUAAGCCGGCUCCCCCGGCUCUUGGCAGGAGGUCUCAGUUUCUCACCACAGCCUCUCCAUAGCAGCUCGAGUGCCUUUGCAUCAUGGCAGCUAGCUUUCUCUAAAGCCAGUGACCCAAAAGAGAAAUCGAGGCAGAAAAGCCACAAGUUUGCCCUGGCUGGCGUGCUCAGUAGUUAGAGCAUCAGCUUGCAAACCCAAGGAUUCCUGGUCAGGGGUACAUACCUGGGUUGCAGGUUUGAUCCUGGCCCCAGAUGGGGCAUGUGCAGAAGGCAAAGCAGUCGAUGUUUCUCUUUCUCCCCCUCCAAUCAUCCCUCCACUUUCUCUAAAAAUCAAUGGAAAAAAAUAUCCUCAGGUGAGGAUUAACCCCCCAAAAAAGUAAAAAAAAAAAAGAAGAAGAAGAAAGCCAUAAGUUCAUGGCUUAGCCUUGGAAGUGAGGUUGUAUUCUAUUGAUCACACAGACCAACCAGGACACAAUGUUGGAGGGGACCACACAAGGGCAAGGAUAUUAGAGGCAGGAAUUGAGAAGUAUCUUGAAAGCUGACCGUCACAACAACUUUGCUUUCCACCAAAUUUAUCACCUUCCUUCUCCAUAGAUACUCUCCUCAGGCUUCUGAGGGCCAGGCUCAGGGAGCCCGUUUGAGGUUAGGUUUGUUGAGAUUUGGUUUAUGAAUCUUGGGAAUAUGUUGAAGUGAUAGGCUAAGAACCAUCUGAAGAAUUUUUCAGAAAAAUUUCAACUGUGCAUUUCUCUCCAACAUGAAAGCUUCUAGUGGACCAUGGAUCUGUUUGGAAACAUAGAUGAUAUUUCUUCCGAGAGUGAUGAUGACAGUCAACCACCUGUUCUAGGACAGCCUGUUCAUGCACGGGGAUUGCCUUGGGACCUGCAGGAGGAAGAGCCGAUUUCUGACACCAGCAUAGAAGUGGAAACUCCCUUCUUCAGAUCUGAUUUAGGAAAUGAAUUGCAUUUCAUUAAGCUACCCAAAUUUCUCAGCAUAGAACCCAAACCUUUUGAUCCUCAGUAUUAUGAAGAUGAAUUUGCAGCCGUGACAGUGCUUGAUGAGGAAGAGAGAACCAGGUUAAAAAUAAAGGUAAAGAUUAACAAAAAAAAGAAAAGAAAAGAACAUGCAGCUUGUCACACCGGUGCCGAAUGCCUUUGUGUUCUGAGCCAGGUAGAAAAUACUGUGCGAUGGAGGGUGCGCCGAGACACAGAGGGAAACGAGAUUAAAGAAAGCAACACUCGGAUGGUGAAGUGGUCAGAUGGAAGCUUGUCCCUGCACUUAGGCAGCGAAGUGUUCGAUGUCUACAGAGCCCCACUGGAGGGCAGCCACAGCCACCUGUUUGUGAGAGAGGAUACCGGUCUGCAGGGACAAGCCAUCUUUAAAUCCAAGCUCACCUUCAGACCUCACUCUAUGGACUAUGCCACCCAUAAGAAGAUGACCCUGCCGCUUGCUGACAGAUGCUCAAGGACGCAGAAGAUUAGGAUCAUACCAAUAGCUGGCUGUGACCCCGAGUGCCAGCGCACCGAGAAGAUUAAGAAAGAAAAACAACGCUUGAGGGCUUCUACUCGCCGAGGGACAAUCCGUCUUCGGGGGAAGCAGAACCGGCAGGGCCCGAGUGCCCGCUACCAAGAGUCCUGCAGUGACAGCGAGGAGGAGGAAGAGCAACAGGCCAGAAUCUAUUUGUCAGACAGCGAUGAAGGAUCAGAAGAAGAAAAGCCUCAAGGAUUACUGAGAGCAAAGCAACUCACCAGUGAUGAGGUGAACCCUACAGAAGUAGGAAAGCAGGGGAAGAGAAAGAUGACAGACGCAUAAAACCUGCUCUCAUUGUUUGUAUUGUUUUCAACAGUUGUUUUUUUUUUACUAUAGUUUUUUUUAUUGAUUUCAGAGAGGGAGAGGGAGAGAUAGAAACAUCGAUAAGAGAGAAUCCUUGAUUGGCUGCCUCCUGCACGCCCCCUACUGGGGAUCGAGCCCACAACCCGGGCAUGUGCCUUUGACUGGAAUUGAACCUGGGACUCUUCAGUCCCCAGGCCUAUCCACUGAGCCAAACCUGCUAGGGCUUAACAGUUUGUUUUAAAACAAUGAUGAAAUGUUUUGUUUGAUGAACUGAGUUAUUUUUAUAUAAUCCUAGUUGUGAAUAAAAAAUGUUCAGAAGCAAG